GAAGUGGUCAGUGGAAGCGCUAUUGGACUCUUACAGCUAGCUGGCUAGGGCGUUGCUAGCGGCAGAAAGCGGGGUUUUGGUACAUCUCCGCAAGUUAUAUUCUUGUCCAAAUUACUUAUCAGUUUGGAAAAAAACACCGUUUGAUGUUCGGUAAAAGUUUUAAGCGCCUUGGUGUUUUUCGUCGUUGUUUACAGAGGACUGGUUGUUACUUUCUGUCCCGUUAGCUGGCCACAUAGCUAGCCUGCUUUCCAUCCACGGGAAUUCUGCCGAGAAACGACUGAAUUCUGGAUGGAAACAUGGAGUCAAGGAACGCUGCGCUGUGCUAACUGACUUCACUGGAUUUGUUUCUUCAAGGAGACUUUUUGAAGGACAUAACACGGAGACUUAUCGCAAGCCAGUCAACAUUCAUGCGGUGUUGUAUAUAUAUUUUCGGUCGUUGGCUGGCUCAUUGUUGUGAACGGGAGUUUGCUUAGUUUGCACUCGAAACAAGAGCACACGAAGCAAAGUUUUUUGCUGAAAGAGCUCAUCUGUUUUGUUAGCUGGUAGCUGGCGAGAUUCAACGCCAGCCAGCUUGCGGUAAAGAAAAAAAAAAAGAUCUGCUUGAAAGAAAAACAAGCGUAGUUCUUUUAAUCGACCAUCUAACCGAUAUUGUUUCGGAGUACAGCAUCGUACAGCAGUUUAACAUUAGCCACAGUUGUUUAGCUAAUUUCUAACACGGGUCGUUUAAACUCGGUUUCGAGCGAUUCUCAUGGUCACGGGAGAGUCGUCCCCACGGCCACAGGCAGGCAUUUCUGGGAGCAGGGAAUACCAAAUGGGACUGGAGGAAUUUUCAGCAUCUUCGGAGAUCAUUUAGGCACCAAGGCCAUUGAGCCGAGCAGGGGUGGUGGCAGACGGACUCCAUCGAACGGCCGGGGUGUCUGUUACAGUGGAGUAUCGAUUGUUUACACAUUUCAUAUCGGCGGAGAACUGGGAUGUGAAUCCAGCGGAUCCAUACAAGGAGUUCAUACAUGCAACGACAACUUGUGCCAGCUGGAGCAGUGUAUUUUGUUUUCUUUUUUUUUUUUUUUUCUUUUUUUUUUUUUGCUAACACAUCUUGACUGUACGACAGAGGCCCCGAUUAAUUUUAAGGGUCUGCGCUGUAGCUGCUAUUCUAUUUUGACAGGAAAUAUUGGUUGACAGAUAGCUUAUAGGCAGUAUUUUUUUUUUGGGUUCCUCUGGUAUUUGGACGUGCCUUGCAACAGCAUUUAAUUUAUUCCCAACGUCAGUCUCGAAAAUCCUUGCCUACUCCAAACGAAUGCCAGAGAAGGACGCUCCAAAAAAUCGCCUCAUCACACUCUGGAAAAUGUUAAUCGGAUAUAAUUUGCUGCAAAUCUAGAACCGGAAGCCCAAUGAGUGACACACAGUCCAGCUUCACUGACAGGUUUCCCAAGAAAGCAAACAGAACCAGCAGCAUUCUCAGUAAAGACCACCCCCCAGACAAGAAACCCAAAAGUGACAAAACCUCACUUCCCUCCAAUGAGUUUGACCCAACAGAAGCUCUGGUGGUACAGAAGAGUGGCAGCAGCAGUGUGCUAGCAGAGGGGAAGCCUGAGUCCUGUGGUCUGGUCCAGCGAUGUGUAAUCAUCCAGAAAGAUGAAAAUGGCUUUGGGCUCACUGUCAGCGGUGACAACCCAGUGUUUGUGCAGCUUGUCAAGGAAGAUGGAGCUGCUAUGCGGGCAGGUGUUCAGACAGGAGACAGGAUCAUCAAGGUUAAUGGGACCCUUGUUACACAUUCUAAUCAUAUUGAAGUAGUGAAGCUUAUCAAAUCGGGUUCCUAUGUGGCCCUCACGGUGUUGGGGCGCCCUCCAGGGCUCACCCAGAUCCCUCUGUCUGAGGCAGAGUCUGAAAUGUUGGGCGUUAGCAUUUCCUCACCAAACUCUCCAGCUGCAGAACGUCCCUACAGUCCUCAGGACCGCAUCUCCUCCACACAGUUGGCAUGGGAUGAAAAUAGCAGUGUCGGCAAUCAGAGGGUUGACAUCUUGCAAAAGUUGCUCUCAAAAGAGCAGCAGGAGCUGCAGGCAAUGAAGGAGGAGUACAGCAGGAACCCCUCCCCCAAACUACUGAAAGACAUCCAGGAAGCUAAGAAACACAUUCCUCAGCUGCAGGGUCAGCUCUUCAAGGCCACUGGGGCAACACAGGAGGCUGUUCCAGGUGGAGAUGCAGAUGACGGUAGCAUGUUUGAGACAGAGCACACUCUCGCCUCUAAGGGAGACAACAGCACAGACCUGUCCUGGGGCAGCACUCCGAUAUCCCGUGGAUUUGGGCCUGGAUCUCCAGAGACUCUUCGUCCCAAAGAGCCAUCCUGUCCCAGCCCUAAGAGCACACCACGGAACAGCUUCAACUCCUGCCACUCCCCAGAGGCAGAGGAUGCUACUGACCUGGAUUCUCUGUCUCCUACCACAGUCAGCAGUCCCACAUCUUCUCGACUUGUCUCACAGAUCAUUGGAGCUGAGGAUGAUUAUUUUGAUUCAGACCAGGAGCAGACUAACGGCCAGUGUAACAGCUUUAACAGCAUUGAGCAGCUCAAAUCUCGGCCCGCCCACCUUGCAGCUUUCUUGCACCAUGUCAUCUCUCAGUUUGACCCUGCUCCUGUGCUGUGCUACCUCUAUGCUGACCUUUACAAGCAGACCAACUCCAAAGAGACCAGGCGGGUGUUCAUGGACCUCCACAGCUUCUUCAUUGACAGGGGAGCAAAUCUGAAAGUUGCUGUUCCUGAAUCCAUCUCUGCUGAUCUCGACCGACGGCGAACAGAACUGAUCCCCGAGGAAAUAAACAGACAACAUGUCCAAACACUACAGGACUCUUUGCUUCCUGACAUUCAGAAAAACCUGGAAGAUUUCAGGCAGAAACGUAGUAUGGGCCUGACAGUGGCUGAAGUAGAAUUGACCAGAUUGGACCAAGAGCGAAUCAGAGACCGGGUCACUCUGGAGCGAGAGCGCUCAUACGCCGAGAACAUCAUCACCAAGAUAGAGGAUAUUCUGUUAACUACUCAGACCACAGAGGAAGAGAAAUGCACUACAAUGCAGUAUGUCAUUUAUACAUAUAUGAAGCACCUUGGUGUCAGGGUCAAGGAACCUCGCAGUCUGGAGUCCAAAUGGGUCCGGAUUAAUUUCCUUCCCAAGAUUAAGAAAAGUAUAAAGACUGAGAAAGAGGGAGAAGAGAAGGUAAAGAAACCUAGAUUUCCCAGUAUCCUUGGACCUCAGCGUCGGCCCAGCCGCAUAGAAGCAGCAUCAGUGGGUAAAGCCCUCGAUGGUCGCCCCAGGCCUCAGAAACAGUUGUCUCAGCCUACACUCGGGGCAAGUGAGCACAUGGAAGGUGGUCGCCUUCGAGUCAGCCAAUCAAGCGAGGGCUCAGAACUUAUGCACCCAUCGUCUGUCACAACCUCGUCCCCAAACAGCGCCACCUACAGCUCAGACAGUAGCAGAGACACUGAUAUGAGUGGGACUCCAACCUCAGGUCCCUCCAGGCUAAGUGAUGGACUCCAAUCCGAUCCACUGGAUGGGUUACCAUACCCUGCUGCGCACUUGGACCUUUAUAGCCUGGACCAACUGCAGGAGGACGACAGAGAGGGUGACAGAGUCCAUGAGGGAACACCAAAGGCCAUGAGAAGGCUUGAGGGUCUGGGUGGGGUUGACGUCCAGAGCGAAGAUGACCAGGGGACAGACUCAGAACAUGACCCCCUCAAUUGGCAGCAGCUGGUUGGGCGCGAGGUUCUAGCAAGUCUCAGGCCUCAUGAAAUCAAGAGACAGGAAGUCAUCAACGAAUUGUUCUACACAGAACGUGCACAUGUGCGAAUGCUGAGGGUUUUGGACCACGUCUUCUACCAGAAGCUCUCCAAAGAUGCCAUCCUGCCUCCCGCUGACAUCAAGAACAUCUUCCCUAAUCUGGAGGAAAUUCUACAGUUGCAUGUUUCAAUAUUGGAGCAAAUGGCAGCCGUUCGGAAGAGAAAUGAGUCUUCGGUAAUUGAUCAGAUAGGAGAUGACUUGCUCUCUUGGUUCAGCAGAGGAGAGGAGGAAAAGAUCAAGCAGGCAGUGGGGACAUUCUGCAGUAACCAGCCUUUUGCUCUGGAGAUCAUCAAGACCAAACAGAAGAAAGACUCACGGUUUACUUCCUUCAUCCAGGAGGCAGAGAGUAACAGACUGUGUCGCCGACUGCAGCUUAAGGACAUCAUUCCUGUAGAGAUGCAGAGGCUCACCAAGUACCCCCUGCUGCUGGACAACAUUGCCAAAUACACAGAUAAUGCAGCGGAAAAGGACAAAGUGAAGCAGGCGGCUGAUUGCUGUAGGAAGAUUCUCAAUCACGUCAACCAGGCUGUGAAGGAAUCUGAGGACAAGCAGAGGUUGGAGGACUACCAGCGAAGAUUGGACCUCUCCUCUCUAAAACAGACAGACAACCCAAUGAUCCUGGAGCUAAAGAACCUGGAUCUUACCAAGAGAACGAUGGUACAUGAGGGACCACUGUCAUGGAAAGUGAACAAGGACAAGACCAUUGAAUUGUACACGCUCCUUUUAGAGGAUAUCCUUGUUCUGCUGCAGAAACAAGAUGAGCGUCUGAUCCUUAAGUGUCAUAGCAAAAACCUAGCAGGCACAGCGGACACCAAACAUAUCUUCAGUCCCAUCAUCAAGCUCAGUACUGUGUUGGUGCGCUCUGUGGCCACAGACAACAAGUCUUUCUUUGUCCUCUCCAUGUCAGAAAACGGAGCCCAGAUCUACGAGCUGAUGGCACCCACAGUCUCAGAUCAGAGAACGUGGCAGCGGCUGAUCUGCCAGAGAGCUGAGGCAAUGAAAGUCAAACCUCACAGUGUCAUACCAUUACCUCAGUCCGAUGGAGAGAGAGAUGGUGUGGAAAUCAUUACAGCAGGUGUUUCCAGGCUAACGAGAGACCCAGACCGUACAUCCACAGGAAGCACACAGUCCACAGAAAAAGAGAGCAGCUCCGCCUCCGGAAGUGCCAUGCAGAGUUCUCUGCCAGGGAAUAAUCCAUUUGAAGGGGUUAAGGCAGAGGAAGAAGAGGAAGAGGAAGGUUUUGUGGACCCAGAAAUUCCUUAUCAAGUGGCUGAGGAUGGAAGGGAAGGAGACUCGUUCAACUUGUUUCCCUCCAAAGCAGAUGAAGCACUGAAAACAUUGGCAGCGUUAAAGCAGGUGUUGGUAACCCAGCUGAUGUCUCAGGAGGCUGGAGAGCGAACCAAACGCUCCACAGGAGCGCGUCUCCUCAGGACCACCUCUCUGAGGACCCCUGUAGACAGCCGUGCACGGGUGAUGGUCCAUAACGGCUCAGAAAGGAACCAGACUGAGGACCCAGCUCAGGAUCUGGGCUCAGGAGAUACAGGCUUCUUUGACUCUCCUGAAGAUUAUGCAGGAUAUUUAGUCCUGGAGGGUUACGGGGGCCAAGGGGAGAGCAGCACAGAUGAUGACAUCUUGGCAUCAACCACAGGGAAGCAGCUAAGCACCUCACAAGGCUGUGCUGCUGAUUCUGGCAUCAAUUUAAGGUUUUCCUCAACGUCACAGGCUGGCAGUCUGUCCUCUUUCAGCAGACAGGUCCUGUCUCACCUUAGAAACCUUCAGGCCAACCUCAAUUAUCUAAAGGAGGUUGAAGCCAAGUAUAAUAAUUUAAUACACCAAAGGCCAGAGAGGUCAGCAGCAGACACGGAUGGAAACAAAGAUAAGAGAUAGUGGAUGUCCGUGCAGUGGCUUUUGGCUCUGUUCCCAAAGAGGAAGUACCGACUCGUAGUCUGUUCCUGCUUUUUGUGUCCUGGACUUUUCUGGACGUCUUAUAAGCUUGUCCUCUCACUGCUGAGCCCCUUUUUUCCAUCACCGUCACCCACGGUUGCCACAGAGAAUGAGAGACUGAGUGUGAGCAGAAACAUUUGAAGAGAGGAGUCAUCUUUAUGAUCCCUCCGUCAGCACAAGGCAAUCAGGGAGGUGGGAUUGUCCCCCAAACCUCACCCCUCUGCCAUCUAACACCCGAGUCCCUAUUUUCCCCCAAACUCCCUGCAACAAAGAGAACUUAUACCAAAAUGUACAAAGAUGUGUGUUUAGAAUAUAUAUAUAUGAAACACAAAACAAGAAAAGGAAAAUUUUAAGAUAAUGUAUUAAGAUUUUUUUUAUCCCAAGAUGUAUUUAUUUUCUUUCUUUUCAUUUUUUUUAAGUGUUUUCCCACAUUGCUUGCAUGCUUUUGGCCAUGGUGUUAUCUUUUUGGCUGCUUUUCCUGCUUCAGUCACACAGGAUAGUGUGAGUGUUGAGUGCACGCUAGCCUAGCUGACUCCGAUUAAAAUGGCAGGAAUAUAAUCAGACUGAUAGAGGCCAGAGUUGCACUGGUGAUAAAGAGAUCCCGACGUGUUCAAACUCUUGAGUUGUGUUCAAGUCUAGAAUUUCGGAUAAAUUCUAGGUGUGGUGUUAACUAGAAUGAAGAGUCCAAAGGCUCUGAUCUGGUCCUGUUGCAUUUCCGUGCUGCCUCUUUCCUCCUCCUUACCGUGAGGGCAUGGCAUCAUGUCUCUCCUCCUCUGCUCCCUUUCUCCUUUGCGUGUAAUUCUCCCCUUUUUUUUUCCCUGUGAACACUUAUGGGUGUCAUCUUCCGCCUCUCCACCACAGCCCAGUGGCUCGUAUGCCACACUCUAUAUGUCAUGCUUCCUCAAUCUGCCUUUGGGUAUCUUGCCCCCUCUCCCCUUCUUCUACAAGGAGCCGUCAUGCUCUUUCUGUAUCAGCUCCUGACAGAAAUGCUGCUUCUUUCUGCUACUGUUGGCGAUGCUGAUCUGACUGCCUGAUAUUCUAAUAAUGUCAUGAAGUUCAACAUAUACUGUACAAUGAUCAAGUUGGAAGGUUAUGCAUAACUUUAAUAAAUAAAUGGUGCCAUGACACAUUCAAAAAGGAAA